AUUUAAUUGAACCAACUUUUGACUCUCCGAAUGUUUCUGGCGUUGUUAAUAUAAUUUCGAAGCGCAUUAAACCCAAUUAAAUGAACCAUAAUCCUUCAGCAGGCCAAUGCAGCAGGCUUUACCGUCAUAAAAGUUCAACUCCUUUCAUUAUUCUACUUAAACUUUGAUGGGGCUUUUGGUUUUUGUUUGUGCUGCUGAUGUUGUUGCGAGGCUUUACUGUAUUUUAAUUGGCUUUUUAUUUAUAUGAACCGAGAGCCGAGUUUCCUCCUCGAGAUUGGCACAAUAAAUGUACUUCCGGUUUCAAUUGCGAGAGGGCUGAAAAUAAUCUAGACCGUCUGCCGCAAAUGCGGGAAAUAAACUUUUUAAAAAUAGCAAACAUGGGCCAAGUUUGCUUGGAAACGGAAGUCAUUGAACGGGAAUGUUACCGUAACAUUAUUACUUCUUUUGUGGCUGAAAAGCUGAAAGUACUUAUCAGGAUUCCCCCUUGAUAACGCUAACCGACGUUACUCAUAAUGAUUAUCACUGAAGAUAUUCUAAAUUAUAUUGCCAUUACACGUUUCCAGAUUAGAUAUGAUAACAAUUCGACUAUGCAGACCCCAGAAGACAAGUGAAAGUGUUUAGUUUUUGACCAUGUCUGGCAUAGGGAAGACUUUAUUUUCCCUUUGUGCUGCUUUGAUAUUUUCUCUAGCUCGGGCUGAAUUGAAAGCCAGAUGUCCCUCUGGUUUUACUUUCAUAGGAGAAAAGUGCUACCAUGUGUCCUACGAAAAGGCCAACUGGUUCAAUGCCGAUCGCAAGUGCUACAAUUUGAACUCCACCCUGGUUGUUUUCGACAAUGAAUGGGAUAUGCAGCUUCUGACAGCCACUCUCCAAGUACUGGGCCUACCAUUUUCCAACAGCUGGAGGGACUCGAUUUGGACAGGACUUUCAUGCCUGGAAAUGGGUAAUAGUAGUGCCUUUGUUCAGAAUCGAGAUGGCGCAGCCGUUGCGUAUACGCCUUGGUCUCCAAAUCAACCGAAUAAUCUCUUGGCCAAAGACUGUGUGGGCUAUGCGAAUUACAAUGGCUUUGGUUACCACAAUAUCGAGUGCAGCCUGUACGAGUUUCCCUUUGUGUGUCAAGCCAAAAGAAUGGAAACAGAAAGCUAUUUGUGUUUAAAGAAAGAACAAUUCUUAGAGGUUGAUGUGAUUGUGUAA